GACUAAUAGUGGUCAAAGGUCAUAUAUCCUUACAGAAAGGAACAGCGUGGUUCCUAUUGAGACGGGAGACAAGAAUCGGCGUAGAAUUGACCUGUCUGCGACUUUAGAGACUAAUACAAACAUGAAGUUCGGUGAAGUUGCGACCCUGUGUCUGUGCCUGUGCGUGACGUCAUGUCUGACCUUUGACCUGACGAUUCUCCACACCAAUGACGUCCACGCUCGUGUCGAGCAGGCGACGGGCGGCGGGGGGUCAUGCGGGGACACGGACGCUCUGGCAGGGAGGUGCUACGGCGGAGUCGCCAGGAGGCUCACGAAGAUAAGAGAGAUCCGGGAAACGGAGAGCAACGUUCUGCUGCUGGAUGGAGGAGACCAGUUCCAGGGCACGCUUUGGUUCUACUUCUACUCGGGCCUCGUCACCGCACAGUUCAUGAACAAAAUGCAGUACGAUGCAAUGGCAUUCGGAAACCACGAAUUUGACAGAAAGGUAGAGGGUCUCAUUCCCUUCCUGCGGGCGAUUAACUUCACCAUGGUGAGCUGCAACAUCGACGCCACGCAGCAGCCGGAGAUGCAGGCUCUGUUCCAGCCGUCUGUGGUGCUGGAGGUGGGAGGGGAGAGGGUGGGUGUGAUCGGGUACACCACGCCCAACACUACCUUCCUCGUCAGCGCAGGACUUAACCUGGUGUUCAGUGACGAAGUGUCUGCCAUCAGCGCUGAAGUUCAGAAUCUCCAGGCCCAGGGAGUGAACAAGUUCAUAGCCCUGGGACACUCCGGCAUCGAAGCGGACAUCACCAUCGCCAAACAGGUGCCGGGGCUGGACGUGGUGGUCGGCGGACACAGCAACACGUUCCUGUAUAAAGGUACACCCCCUGAAGAUGACCCUAAGUACGGAGAGUACCCGCUGACGAUCCAGUCUGAGGUGGAGACCGGGCGCCAGGUGCUCGUGGUACAGGACUACUUCUUCGGGAAGUACCUGGGCUACUUACAGCUCACCUUUGACGACGCGGGAGAGGUGACGUCAUUCGGAGGAAACCCGAUUCUUCUGGAUGCAUCCGUGCCACAGGACAACGAGACUUUGGCGGAAGUGUUGUCGCUGAAAGACGAGAUGGCAAAUCUGACCAAUCAGGAGGCCGGAAGGACUCACGUGUUCCUUGAGGGGAGGAGGGAAGUCUGUAGGCGGCGAGAGUGUAACCUUGGGAACGUGAUCACGGACGCCAUGGUGCGCCAGAACCUGAAGAACCCGGAUGAAGCGAAGUGGGCUGACGUCAGCAUGGCCGUGUGGAAUGCUGGGGGUAUCAGGGCGCCUAUCCCCUUCAGACCUCCGGACGGUAUCAUCAGCACCGCUGACGUGCUGACGGUUCUGCCGUUUCAAAACACCAUCGACAUCAUCGUCAUUUCCGGCGACAUCCUGUUUGAGAUGUUCGAACAUUCCGUGUCAUCCAUGCCGAGUGCCGGCCGGUUCCUACAAGUCUCAGGAAUCCUGGUGACGUACGAUAUCAGCCAGCCUGUGGGACAACGCGUGGCGAGGCUGGAGGCCCGAUGCUCCGAGUGCGCCAUACCGCAGUACGAGCCCGUGGAGAGGGGGCGGCGAUACAAGCUGUUGAUAAACGCGUUCAUGGUCGGCGGGGGCGACGGCUACAGCAUGCUCGCUGAGAACAUACCGGACUCAGAUCGGGAACAAAUCGGAUAUCUCGACUCGGAAAUGCUGUUAGACUACCUGAAAGAUGCAAGCCCCAUCACCACGGGACUGGAGAGACGCAUAACGAUUUUGAAUGGUACUGCACCCUACCCAACGUCCAACCCCGAGCCCAGCACUUCGCUUGGCCCCGCAUCAAAUGCCCCACCCCACUCCACACCACUCCCUGUGUUGUUGUUGUGUUCGAUACUUGCAGUAUUCCCUGCCUUAUUGUGUCCAUAGAAUUAGAGUAUUGUUUUGCGUGUGUGUAUUUCCGUGUGUGUAUAUUGUGUCCCACAAAAUACUCAAGAAUGCCUUGUUGGAUUGAGAUGCUAUUUGGUAUGUGCGUCGGUGAAGGUUACACAUCCAGGUAAUACGAUACGCCAAAAAGUUUAAAAGCAGUUACUCAAGCAACUGGAUAUGAUUUUGGAAACGGUACACAAAACUAGUUGUGCUUAUAAACCUGCUGAAACGUCUGACCGUUUCCAAAAUCAUAUCAAGUUGCUUGACUAACUGUUUUUUUGGCGUAUUUGGUAUGUGAGUAUGUGUUAUGAGAUAGAAGAAGUCCAAUGUCGAGGAGAAUUUUGGUGAUUGUGUUGGUUUUAUCCAUGGUACUGCAACGAAGCUUUCGGUCUUUGUAACUUUCGUGCUGAACAUGAUGUUGUCUUAAUGUUGGUUGGCAGCCUUUCCUGUUAGGGAAAAUGGUGUAAAUUUGGGCCCUUUAGCAGCUUGUUUUUGAAAUACAGAGGUAUUUAAAUACAGAUAAAAAUCAUGUCACCAACUGAUUUUCACAAUUUUAUUACCUAUAGGUAUCUCAGAGAAGUAGUCAAAUACACAAUUAAUAAGGGAAUGCUACCAUUUUGUGUUUUGCAUGAUAGGACUUCAAUAUAUAUAACAUACGUAAUCUAUGGCAGGGGGAAUAUCAACAGAUACUAAUAAUGGAAAUAGGGGCCUAACACGCUUUUAAACUAGUACAGGAUUUUGGUGUAAGUUAGGGAUGAAUGUUAGUUUGUAUGGUUUAAAUAAAUAUACAUAGUGAUAAAAAGUUAUGAUAGAAUUCUGGAUAAGACUUCUAGUAAUUCUGAAAUAUAUGUAAUUUGAGUAGAGAAGAUCAUGACUUUAAAUCGAUAAUGAAAAUUAUAACUUUAUUUUCAUAAUUAAUGAGACAAAAGUAAACCACAGAAUAUAGAAAAAUAUUUUACGGAUGAAUGAGUUACCCUAAAUGUUUCGAUAGUUGUAAAAACAGACGCUACAAUAUUAUCAAGUAUAGUUUGGAUGUAAAUAUUUGUCAACAUAGAAUUUUAAAUGUUUCUUUUUGACGACAUUCUUCGCAUUGCUCAUGAUAUCAAAUUUUAAAAUGUGUGUCUUUCAAUUAAUUUGUGCAAUAAGAAUGUAGAGGAGGCAAAUUAGAGCUUUUGAUUAUAAGAAUCAGUUAUAAUAAAAUGCUUUUGUUGCAGUGGUAUUUCGUUCGAUUGUGUUUCAUAGUUCAUUCUGGAAAGUUACUAAUCCGUUAGUC